UGGUGUCGAAAGGGGAUGCUACUUAAAGUUGUGACGGUCGUUUCUGAACAGAGCAGAUGUGGGGUUUAUCGUCGUGUUGUGAGAUACAAGAUACUUAACCAAAGACUCCCUACACGACUGACUUUGAUAAAAAAAUUUUUUAUUUUUGCUCCCUGUGAGAAGCUGUCCACCAUAUUCAGCAAUACAGUGGACGCUGCCAAAGAAAGCUACUGUAAACAGCCCAUGGCGUUAACUGUGAACUGGUGGAGUCUGGUUUUGAGCGCAUGUCUCGUGCUGAUGGUUCGCGCUGAAUGCGGCAGAGACUGCGCGCUCUGCGUUUUCCGGCUGCUCCGUCAACAGACAGAGAUCGACAAACUGACCUGCUCAUUACAGUGUGAAGGAACAGUGGACUCUAGACAAGUAGAAAUCUGCAAAAACAUCAUCAGUCAAAAGGAUCGCCUUGCAAUGGACAACCUUAAACAAGAUGAAGAGAGUGCAGACCAUCUUCUCGCCAAAAAAUAUGGUGGCUUCAUGAAGCGUUAUGGGGGCUUCAUGAUUAAGAAAGCAGCAGAGAUCGGCACAAGAGCUCCAGCUGAGAGUGACAUCACAGAGGCCAUGAGUAAGAAAUAUGGAGGCUUUAUGAAGAAGGACAAGCCAGAAGGUGGAGCCGAAGACCAACUGGUGGAGCAGCUGAGAGAGAUCCUUAGGGACGGUCCCACCUCAAAAUCAGAUGAGCAGCAUGAUGGGGACAUGGUCAAGCGCUAUAGGGGAUUCCUGAGGAGUGUACAGGAGAACAGUGGUCUAGGGGAGGCAGGGAGAGACCUGCACAAGAGAUAUGGGGGGUUUAUGCGCAGAGUGGGCAGGCCUGACUGGUUGGAAAACCAGAAAAGCAAUGGGUUUCUGAAACGCACUUGGGAGGAUGGAGGCGAGACUGCCCUGCCCAACAUGCAGAAGAGAUAUGGCAGAUUCAUGGAUUAGGAUUUAAUCAUGGAUACAAACCUAAAUAAUCUGUUCCUACUUUGCGCUUGCACUGUAAUUUCAUGUGAUGCCAUUUUUAUUUAUUAUUAUAAUUGUUUUUGUCUGCUGAAUAUUCCUCCAUAAUAUGCAGUGUACAUCUGUGUUCUCAGUGACUAGGGUUUGUGUUUAAAAAAAUGGAAAGGAAAAUAUUUCCCAUUCUCUGUGUUUACAGUGAAAUCACCUAUCAGAUGGGAUAUUCAGUAAAUACAAAGAUAGAGGGCAAUAAUCUCACCAUUUUCUGGAUCACAUCUAUGGAUUGAAAAUUAACUUUGACAUUGUUCACAUUGUUUCACAUUGCAUUGUUCUCUGAGAAUCUCAUCACAUUAGCUAGUGGUUUGCUCAUUGAACAUUGUAGAAGAGGUGAAGUCUGCUGUCUGUACUUAUAUGAUAUGAUAUGUUAAUGAUUCAUGUAUUUCUUUUAACAUCUUUUCAACAGCUUUUGUUCUUGCAUAAACCAGAGCAACAUUUCUGAGCUAUUAGCUAUACAGAAUACAAUAAAUGUAUCUUU